UCAGAAGGUUCUUCGCUCAAAAGUUGACCUUCGAGCUCAUAGCUACACCAGCCAUGGCAGCCGCCGCCAUUCGUCCCAUGCGACUUGCUGCGUUAACGCAAUCGCGCUGCUCCAUAUUCCAAACUGCGUACAACCCUACGUCAGCACGUACCGGAGCCAAAUACCUUCGCGCACGACUUCGCGGGCCUUCUAUGGUCAACUACUACACGCCAGAAGCCAAUAUUGCGCAGAUCAUGAGACAAUGGUCUGAGUUGGAGAUGAGAAACGAUGCAGAGGAGGAAAGGUUACAGGAUGUGGAGGACAAGAAGAAAAGAGGGAAGGGUGCACCGAAGAAAGCCAAGGAGAAAGGCGACAGUCGCAGAGCCAGCAGGAGGCGUUGAUAGCCGCCUGUUACAUUUUUCUCGGUUGCUGGUGGUGCUUCUUAUAACAUGCUCAAAUUUAAUUAAUCACUGCACAUGUCAUGCAUGCAUGCAGUACCCAUCUCUGAGCCAUGAUACGAAGACCAAGUAUCAUGAAUCAUCCCGCUGCUUGUCAAUCCCAUUCAUUCAAUCGAAAUAUCUCUCGGAAUCUCCAUUAAAUAACCACAGUGACCCAUUUCGGUUCCCGUAUCGCUGGUUCAUCGCUUCUUAUCACUGACACUCAUUCUCCCAAAGUCUGGUUCAGUACUAAGCCCUUCCUCUAGUACCGGCUCUUCGACCAACACUAAGUUAUCACGCACAGUAACGGGGACAUCGUCAGGAUCCGAGAG